AUGACAGUUGAGCAGAAAGAGGAGGAUCUGUCUCCAGCUGACUUAGAGGAGCUUGAGCUCCGGAAAAAGCUUGAUGAACUUACUGAAAAAAUAAGUGACAAAGGCUCAUCUGAUGAGGAGGAUGCAAUGAAACCUUCAGAGAACUCUCCAAAGAAAGGAGCAGUUUAUUAUGCUCCAGCUAUGAGAGGAGAUUCAGCUGGACUUGAGAAUGUCAGACACGAAUGGCCUCUUGAGGUUGAGUGGAAAGCAAAGCCAACUGUACCUAAAUCCUUAAAGAAGCAGAAGAGGGUGAGGUCCUUUGAGUUUAGCAACACAACCAGCUGUGAGUUGUCGCAACUGGAGGGUAAAGUUGCACGGGCAGUGGCCAGCGUCCAGAGCACUCAAAGUGGAGUUACAGAUAUUCAGAAAAGAAUCGCUGCUUUGAGUGCUGCAGGGAUGACGGUGGAGACGUCCCGCAGACGGACUCCUCGGCCAUCAAGAACAUUGCAUGAAUUUCCAAUUAGUAAGUGCAAAGCUUUGUACUGCGUAUUCAGUAACAUGUAA